GAGUACUGUGCCUAUUAUUUAUUAUUAUGCACCAAUGUGAGAUAAAAAACAUGUGCCUAUAAAUGAUCAACCAUAUAUUCUCUACAAACAACAUAUAUACCUCUCUUCUUUGUUCUUCAUAUCUAGUUUGAGUUUCAACUAUGGAACCAAAUUGUGAUUUGAUAUUCGCUCCUGCGAUUCCCACUGACAUUCACGGAAUCAAGAUCUUGAGACAACCUUCGGAUUCCAAGCUUGCUGAACUUGGGGUUACCUCUUGGCCUAUAUGGGAAAGCACUCCACGCAAAUUUCCAUGGAAGUUUAAGAAGACAGAGACGAUGUACUUCUUGGAGGGGAAGGUGAAAGUCACUAUAGACGAUAAUCACAAAGAAGAGGAACAAAAAGCCUUAGAAUUAAUGGCCGGGGAUUUGGUUGUGAUUCCUAAAGACAAGAAAGUUGUUGUGGAUGUAACUGAAGCUGUGAAGAAACAUUAUUAUAGAGAGUACGAGAUUGUGAAAUCUGAAUCACCUUCAAAAGCAUAGUUUAAGGGAUUUGAAUAAAUUAUUUGCCUGUUAUAUCUACAUAAGGCUUAUAACACCUAUAUAUCUUGUGUCUUGUAAUCAUAAAUUAGUUGUAUGUUUGGAUCUAAUAUAUCUUGUAAUCGUAUCUCCUAUAGUGUUGAAUGCUUAAUCAAAUAAGAGUCUUGUGUCUUACCUUUGGUCAA